GGUGAGCCUCUCUCGACUGGUUUUCACUCUCGGCACUCGUUGCAAAGCGAUAGGAUGAAGCCGGUGUCUGCGUUCCUCGCAUCUGUUGCCAUUUUACCGGUUUUAUUCGACGUCCAGGAUCUGCACGCGGUCGUAGAGCUUGAAAGAUCAUCGCGACGAAAAGCUCGUGAUACGUGCUGCUCGUUCCUCGUGUGAAAGUACAUUGCGAGCUGGCAUUCAGAAAAUUCGAGCGACAAAUUCACCUCCUCGAAUGGCACGCAAAUUGGAAGUGGCUGUAGCGGGGUGGAAUUGAACGGAAAUGGCAAUUGGUCUGACUACUUUACUCAGUACAACUUCCGUCCUCGGAUUUAGCCUGAUUCCUCUAUUAGCAAUCGGCUUGACCGUAUUCCGAUACAAUCAAGCGGAUCCAGAAUCUCAUCCGUCCGAUGCUCGUCAGCUCCUGCGAAUGUACGAUUUCAUAGUGAUCGGCGGUGGAAGUGCCGGUGCUGUGAUCGCAUCAAGAUUAUCCGAGGUGUCAAAUUGGACCGUGUUACUAGUGGAAGCCGGCGGUGACGAAAAUGAAAUUUCAGAUGUGCCUUUAUUGGCUGGAUACACCCAGCUGUCAGAAUUCGACUGGAAAUAUCAAACGUCACCACCGACGGUAUCAGCUUAUUGUCUCGCCAUGAUCGGCGAUCGAUGCAACUGGCCGCGUGGAAAAGUUCUUGGUGGCAGCAGUGUGUUAAACGCCAUGAUUUAUGUUCGUGGUAAUCGCCGGGACUACGACACGUGGGAAAGUCUGGGCAACGUGGGCUGGAGCUACAACGACGUGUUCCCAUAUUUCCUGAAAUCCGAGGACAACCGCAACCCCUAUUUAGCUCGGACCCCAUAUCACAGCACAGGUGGUUACCUAACAGUGCAGGAGUCCCCAUGGCGGACCCCCUUAUCGAUCGCCUUCCUCCAAGCCGGCCAAGAGCUAGGGUACGAGAAUCGCGACAUCAACGGAGCUAACCAGACCGGUUUCAUGCUGACUCAGGCUACGAUCCGUCGAGGAAGUCGUUGCUCCACGGCGAAGGCCUUCCUGAGGCCCGUGAAGAACAGGGAGAACCUGCACAUAGCGAUGCACUCGCAAGCCCUGAGGGUGUUGUUCAACGACGACAAGAGAGCCACGGGCGUGGAGAUCCUCCGCGAUGGCCGCCAACAAGUGAUCAGAGUCAGAAGAGAGAUCGUCUUAUCAGCCGGAGCGAUCAAUUCUCCUCAGCUGCUGAUGUUAUCUGGGAUAGGGCCUAGGGAGCACCUGGAGGAGUUCAACAUCCCGGUGAUAUCGGACUUAAGGGUCGGAGACAACCUCCAGGACCACGUCGGUCUCGGUGGGUUCACGUUUGUGGUCAACGAACCCAUCAGUCUGAAGAAGGACCGCUUUCAGACCAUGUCCGUGAUGAUGGAGUACGUACUCAACGAAAGGGGACCCAUGACCAGUCCAGGUGUCGAAGGUUUGGCCUUCGUGAACACCAAGUACGCGGACAAGUCCGGCGACUACCCCGACAUGCAAUUCCAUUUUGCACCCAGCUCCAUCAACUCGGACGGAGGGGAUCAGAUCAAGAAGAUUCUAGGUCUGAGGGACAGGGUGUACAACACCAUGUACAAGCCUCUGAACCAGGCGGAGACCUGGUCCAUAUUGCCGUUGCUGCUCAGACCUAAGAGCUCUGGAUGGGUGCGUCUGAAGAGCAGGAAUCCGCUGGUGUACCCAGAUAUUAAUCCCAACUAUUUCACGCAUAAGGAGGACAUUGACGUGCUCGUGGACGGGAUUAGAAUCGCUCUGCAGCUGUCGAAUACUACUGCUUUCCAGAGAUUCGGGUCUAGGCCACAUACUAUAAGGAUGCCGGGAUGUCACAGAUAUGCCUUCGAUACUUAUGAUUACUGGGAGUGUGCGAUUCGACAUUUUACGUUUACUAUUUAUCACCCUGCGGGGACUUGUAAAAUGGGUCCUAGGUAUGAUCCUACGGCGGUGGUAGAUCCGAGGCUGAGGGUUUAUGGCGUGAAAGGACUGAGAGUGGCGGAUGCGUCCAUUAUGCCUGUGAUCGUCAGUGGCAACCCUAAUGCUCCGACGAUUAUGAUAGGGGAAAAGGCGAGUGACAUGAUCAAGGAGGACUGGAGAGUGAAGAAAAAGAGAUUCGUGGGAAGAUGAUGAAUGGGAGAAUUGUGGGAUUACUGAAAUGUCUGUUGUGAAACUGGGGUCGGAGUGUAAUUGUUGGUUUAGAGGUUUCUGAGUUGACGUGAAAUGGUGGGUGAAAGUGUGAAGAGAAUGUGGAUGGAAGGAAGAAAGGGUUAACGUGGAAUUUCGAUUUUGGUAGUUAGCUGUGUCUUAAUUAGAGAAUUUUCU